GCUUGUGGUUGUAGCUGUGUCCUUGUGUCUCUGUGAUCAUUAUUAAGACUGAGACUGCAGGAAGUCAGACAUUACUGUAGAUGAUGUUUAACCAGGAAGUAAGAGUUCCAGAGGUAUGAAGAGCAGCUGUAGUUCUGCUAACAGCUGAUCAGUUGUGUUUCCUCCCCACAGGAGCCACAUCUCAUCACCUUGUGCAGGUCCUACAGGCUUCAGUGGGAGUUAUGAGCGCUCCAAACUCCAAACAGAGACAAGCUUGCUGGGGAGCGAGAGAUGAGCUGUGGAAGUGUCUGGACCUGAACCAAGACAACACAGCUGUGUGUGAGGAAUAUCUCAGGGAAUACAAGGCCAGUUGUCCUGCUCAGUGGGUGAAGCACUUCGACAAGCGAAGAGACUUCCUGAAGUACAAGGAGAAACUCGAGAAGGAGGGAUUUGAACCUGCCGAGCGGGCGCCAAAAUUAUAGAUCACUGAAUGGAACUGUAAUUGAACCAGAUCCUCGAUGUAAUGGAAGGACAGAGGCUUUAACAGUAAACAUAAUGAACACUGACGUUUAAUGCAAGAAAAUAAUAAUAAUAAUAAGAUCAAUUCUGAUUGUUUAAUGUUAUUAUUAAUAUGUGUGUAAAUAAAUGUAACACAUAACGAAA